AUGCCGAAAAUUUACGGACCAUUGAGGCUUCACGUUAUGCCUAGGUUGAGGCUAGGCACUUUGGGUUUGUAUAGGCACAAUUUUUUGUGCGCAAAGACCUAUUUUAGGUGUAUUUCGAGUGUUCAGAACAAGAAACCUGAGGAAGCGUUUUCUCUCGAGGAGCUUCGCACCGCGCGAGAAGCUCGACUCAAAGGACUGGGACCUUACGUCUCGAAACUCCCAGCAAAAGUUAUUCCGUAUGCUGAAUUGAUGAGACUUGAGAAGCCAGUUGGGACUUGGCUACUUUACAUACCAUGCACUUGGGCUAUUACCAUAGCAGCUACUGAGACUAUGGCUCCUCUUUCGUCUACUUUGUGGACUUUGACGCUGUUUGGUGUUGGAUCGCUUAUUAUGAGAGGUGCAGGUUGCACCAUAAACGAUCUUUUGGAUCGCAAUCUGGACAAUAAGGUGGUUAGGACCGUUGAACGACCCAUAGCGUCGGGCCGUGUAACACCUGCCAAAGCAAUCACGUUUCUCGGAGUCCAAACUGCCGUCGGUGUCGGAAUCUUGACCCAAUUGCCCGCCGAGUGCUUUUGGCUGGGAUUAUCAUCGCUGCCCUUGGUUUUCACGUAUCCACUAUUCAAGCGAUUUACAUACUACCCGCAACUCGUUCUCAGCGCAUGUUUCAAUUGGGGAUCUCUUCUUGGGUUUCCCGCAAUGGGCAUUUUCGAUUGGCCAACAAUGGCGCCUUUGUACGUGAGUACCUUCCUGUGGUGUAUGACUUAUGACACUAUUUAUGCGCACCAGGACAAAAAAUUUGACGUUGGAGCCGGGAUCAAGUCUACCGCGUUAGCGUGGGGCGACAAGUCUAGAAGUAUCUGCACAGCAAUGUCUGUGGCACAAAUGGGUUCUAUGACGCUCGUGGGUCUGAACAGUGGAAUGCUACUAGGACCUGGUUUCUUAGGUGGUCUCGCAAUUUUUGGAUACAGGCUUUUUAAAAUGGUUCGCAAGGUGGACCUUGACAACCCUGCCAAUUGCUGGAAAUAUUUCAAAAGUAACAUCCAAAGCGGUUUGAUUUUCAGUGCUGCCCUAUUUUUCGAUUACAUUCUGAAGCUUCUGGGGUUUUUGUAA